ACUAAUCAAAUUCUUCGGUUCUUGCUAAAGUCUAAACGUCAUGGCUACUAAAACAUUUUUGCUCAUCGGGUUUCUUUUAUCUUUGAUUGUCCUCAAACCCAUGUACGUAGAUGCUACGCCAUGGCAUAAUUGUUUCAGAGCUGGUACGGAGAAAUGGCUUGACUGUGAAUACCAAACUUGUGGUGGAGCACUCUUGCGCUGGACGUUUAUGGAUGACAUUGUCCAGAACUGUCAAAGAUUUUGUUGGAACUUUUUUCAAGAGGGAUUAGAUACAAGGUGUGCCCAGAUAAACACUGACCCAGAUACCGGUAACUUUUAUUGUGCCUGUUAUGAACAAUGUGAGCAGGAAUGGUCGUUCUGGAACUGUUUGCUGUAGAUCCAAAGAAGAUGGAUCCACCCAUUAAUCGUGUUUUUUUAAAGUUCUUAUCAGCAUAUGAAAUGGGCAAUGCCUUGUUCAAUGUUGAGUAAACUCACCA